GCGUAACACUAAUAAUUGAGCAACCAAAAAGUUGCAAAGAGAGUGAGAUUUAGAGACAAAGUUCUGCCACAAUAUAACUCAAAUGAGAUACAAAUCAAACAACUAGAUCUAUCCCCAAAGACUUAUGGCCAAUCUACAAGGAAUCAACCUGAUACUUGCUCUUGUUAGCCUAAUUCUCCUCACAUAUCUUCUUUUCAAUAUCCUUCGAUUUCUCAAGAGAGCAUGUUGGGAUCCAAUCAGAAUAACAAAGUUAAUGGAUUCGCAAGGAAUCAGAGGCCCCCCUUACAAGUUCUUUCAUGGGAGCACAUCAGAAGCCAAGAAGUUAAUCAAGAAAUCCAUGAACAAGUCUAUGGAUUUGUCACAUAACAUACUCCCUAGAGUCCAGCCUCACCUGCACUCAUGGAUCAAACUUUAUGGGAGGAAUGUUCUUACUUGGUAUGGGCCGACGCCGCAGCUGGUAGUGGGAGACAUAGAGCUGGUGAAGGAGAUUUUGAGAGACAGGGAAGGUGAAUUUACAAAGAACGAGCCACCAGAGUUCAUGAAGAAGAUGUUAGGUAAUGGGUUGGUGACUUCCAACGGUCAAAAAUGGGUUAAACAGAGAAAGUUGGCUUCUCAUGCAUUCCGUUCUGAGUACCUCAAGGAGAUGGUUCCAGCUAUUGUAGAUGCGGUUGAAGCCAUGCUACAAAAAUGGGUUGAAUAUGAAGGAAAGGAGAUUGAUUUCUUCAAAGAAUUCUGCAUCCUUACAUCAGAAAUCAUUUCAAGGACUGCAUUUGGGAGCAGCUAUGUUGAAGGGAAGGACGUAUUUAUCAAAGUGGAUGAACUGAUCGAAAUUGCUGCGAGAAAUUUUCAAGUAGUUCGGUUGCCUUUCUUCAGAAAGCUUGCGCCGAAUGAAGAUGAUAUGGAAUCAGACAAGAUUGAGCAGUUCAUAAGGGAAUCUAUUCAGAAUCUCAUGUUGAGAAGGGAGAUGAGAAAGUUUAAUGGGGAAGAUGAUGGAUACGGUGAUGACCUUCUCGGAUCUUUGAUGAGGGCAUAUCGUGAGAAUGAAAGUAUCAGUCUUGAUGAUAUUAUUGAUGAAUGCAAGACUUUCUAUUUUGUUGGUCAAGAAACCACUUCAAUGAUGUUAUCAUGGACCUCUUUCCUUCUAGCCCUUAACCCAGACUGGCAAGAAAAGAUAAGAUUGGAGGUUUUACAGGUUUUCGGAGAUAGAAGCCUAACUUCUGAGGAUUUUUCCGCCAUUAAUAAGCUUAGACAGAUGACAAUGGUGAUCAACGAAUCAAUGAGGCUUUACCCACCAGUACUCGGCAUAUUUAGAACAGUGGCACAAGAUUGCAAAGUGGGCAAUGUUCUUCUACCCAAAGGCAUGCAAAUACAGAUCUCAACGCUUGUACUGCACCAUGAUCGGAAUAUAUGGGGUGAGGAUGCACAACUCUUCCUGCCGGAGAGGUUCGCCGGCAAUAUCAGUGGCGGCGACGCCUUCUUUCCAUUCGGCAUUGGUCCCCGAUUAUGUGUUGGACAGGGAUUGGCAAUGCUGGAGGCCAAGCUGGCUUUGGCCAUGAUUCUGCAGAGAUAUUCCUUCACUCUCUCACCAACUUAUGUUCACUCACCAGUGUCCCGACUCACUUGCAAGCCUCAACAUGGACUUCAAGUGGUGCUACAGAGGCUGUAGAAGAUGAGUGACAUUGCCACAGAGGAAUAAAGGGAGAAAAAAAUUUAGGACUGGUAAACUUGCAUGCUUGUAUGUUAUGCUGAUAAUUUAAGGAAUUGUAUAUUCCUUUCCAAUUAUCACAAAGUUUUAAUUAAUUUUAGUUCCUUGAUGAAUAAAAUAAAAUGGCAAAGACUUAUAAGUGAUAAAAAAAUAG